ACUUCAAACAAGAUUGGCAUCAAUUAUGGUCAGUUAGGGAACAAUCUGCCGUCUCCAUAUCAAUCCAUUCAACUCAUCAAAUCCAUGGAAGCAGGCCAAGUUAAAAUCUAUGACGCCAAUCCUGAAAUCCUGAAACUCCUUUCGGGAACCAAUCUCAAAGUCUCCAUUAUGGUUCAAAACCAUGAAAUUAUCGACAUUUCUUCUAGCCAAACUUCAGCAGACCAGUGGGUCCAAAAUAAUGUCCUCGCCUACUAUCCUGAAACCAUGAUCCGAUUUAUCCUCGUUGGCAAUGAAAUCCUCAGUUAUUCCUCCCCACAAGAUCAACAAAUAUGGCACAAUCUAGUACCCGCCAUGCACAAAAUCAAGAAUUCUCUCAUAACUCAAAAUAUUCAUAAUAUUAAAGUUGGUACCCCUUUGGCCAUGGACAUAUUCCAAACCAGUUUUCCUCCAUCAAGUGGAGAAUUUCGGUCUGAUAUUUCAAAUUUAGUGAUGCUUCCAUUGCUAAAUUUCCUGAACCAGACAAAAUCUUUUUUCUUCAUUGAUGUGUACCCUUAUUUUGCCUGGUCCACAAACUCAAUCAACAUCAGCCUUGAUUUCGCUCUUUUUAAAGCGACACAAAACUACAUUGACCCAACAUCUGGCCUUGUUUACACAAAUCUUCUAGACCAAAUGCUCGAUUCAGUUAUUUUCGCAGUCGAAAAACUCGGCUACUCGAAUAUCCCAAUAGCAAUAUCGGAAACUGGGUGGCCUAACAAUGGUGAUAUAGAGCAAGUAGGAGCCAAUAUUUACAAUGCAGCUACUUACAACCGAAACCUCAUCAAGAAAAUGACUACUAAGCCAGCUUUAGGGACGCCUGCUAGACCCGGAUUAGUGAUUCCAACAUUCAUCUUUUCACUUUUCGACGAGAACCAGAAGCCUGGUCCGGGGAUUGAGAGGCACUGGGGUUUAUUUCACUCGGAUGGUAUAUCAAUUUAUGAAAUUGAUUUAACGGGAAAGCGAGAAUUAUCUGAUUACAAGCCACUGCCGGCGCCGCAAAAUAAUCAGCCAUACAAAGGCAAAGUUUGGUGUGUGGCGGCUAGAGGGGCGGACGUCAUGAGCCUCAGCACGGCUUUAACGUAUGCAUGCAGUCAGGGAAAUGAGACAUGUGAUGCUUUGGUUCCAGGGAAAGAGUGUUAUGAGCCAUUAUCGGUGUUUUGGCAUGCUAGUUUUGCAUUCAGUUCGUAUUGGGCGCAAUUUAGGAGCAUCGGUGCCACUUGCCACUUCAAUGGACUGGCCCAACAGACCACGAGAAACCCAAGUCGUGGCAGUUGCAAUUUCCCCAGUGUGACUCUUUAA